AUUCUCUGGAACAAUCGACCGUUUUAUUUCCCCCGUAAACUUGCUUUUUCUGACAGAUCCACAAACCCUAGCUCUGGUAUCUCCUUCGAGUUCUUCAGCAUCUUCAAACAUCAAUGGCGCCUGCAAACUAACCUUCCUAGAUUCAAAAUUUCUUCUCAUUUUCAUUCGAAGAUAUACAGUCUUUGUUGCACCCUCUCCUUAAUCAGGGAUUAUGGAUGAAGAUUGUACAAGGAGUUCACUGAACCAAGGAGUGGAAAAUCUCUUGGCUCCCCCAGGUUUCACUUCUCGAAGAUCCUUCAGGCUGAGGAGGGUGGAACUAAAUGAGAAUGAUGGUUCCAUUCAAACAAAGAAAACAAAAAUAGAUACUUUGUCCAGGAAGAUUGCCAUUGAUUUGGUGGAGGCGGCUUGUAGACAGAGACCAUGGGUACUAUUUAACCAAAACACGGAGGAUUCCUUGGAGUUUGAAUCUAUGCAGCAUGACGUGGAUCCCCCUCCACAGUCUGACCUUCCAAAAGGGGUAGCACAUGGAUGUCCGGAAUGCAGUAACUGUCUGAAGGUCACUGCAAGGUGGCAUCCUGAGGAUGCAAGAACAAAUAUUCUUGACGAGGCUCCUGUUUUUUAUCCAUCAGAGGAGGAAUUUUCAGAUACACUUAGCUUUAUUGAAAGAAUUCGUUCAAGGGCAGAGUCAAGUGGAAUCUGUCGCAUAGUUCCUCCUCCAUCUUGGCUGCCUCCAUGUCUUUUGAAGGAAACAGAAAUUUGGGAAGAUUCUCCUUUCUUAGCCCAAUGUCAGCGGAUUGACGGGAUUCAGAAGGAUUAUGCUUGUGGUCGACUUGCUAAACAUAGUGAAAACAUCACGAAGAAGAGGAGAAGGUUGGAGUAUGAAUGCGGUAAUAGAUGUUUGAAGGAUUCGGAUGAAAGUUGUGGUAGUGAUAAGAAGGGCCCAUACUCAGAACUUGGUCAAGAGUUCACUCUCAAAGCGUUUAAAAGCUAUGCAGAUGACUUUAAAUCCCAAUAUUUCAGCAGUGGAAAUAAGGUCACAAAUACAGAGACAAAAUCAUCCAUGCUUCAAGAGCAGUGGGAACCAUUGGUGGAUCAAAUAGAGGGUGAAUAUAGACACAUUGUUGAGAAUCCAACUGAACAAAUUGAGGUGCUAUAUGGUGAUAGUUUGGGUAGCCCUUCACUUGGCAGUGGAUUUCCAUCAUCACCAUCCAGUCCUAUUGAACCAGGUCAUGUUGAUCACAUGGACUCUGGAUGGAACUUAAAUAAUUUACCUAGACUACCCGGUUCACUUCUUUCUUUUGAUAGCUUCAAGACAUGUUCUAUUUUAUCGUCUCGAGUUCACGUGGGAAUGUGCUUUUCUACAGCUUGUUGGCGAGUUGAAGAACACCACUUACCUUUGUUAUGUUACUUGCACUUGGGAGCUCCUAAAAUAUGGUAUGGCAUUCCAGGAAGAUACAUUGAUAAAUUUGAGGUAGCCAUGAAGAGCCUUCCAGAAACUUUCGUGGAACAGAAAAGAUCCCAUAGAGGAAUGGUCAGUCAACCAUCAAUUGCCACAUUGAAGAGAGAAGGCAUACCAAUUUAUCGUUGCAUUCAAAAUCCAGGAGAGUUUGUUCUUGUCCUUCCAGGAACAUGUCAUUCGGGAUUUAACUGUGGCUUUAGUGUUACUGAGGAAGCGAAUUUCGCCCCUCUCGACUGGUUGCCUUACGGUUAUAAUGCUAUGGAGCUCUACUCUGUAGAGAGAAGAAAGACACUUGUAUCCUUUGAUAGGCUAUUGCUUGGAGCAGUCAUUGAAACUGUGAAAGCGCAAUGGGAACUCUCAUUAUGCAGGAAGGAUACCAGUGAUAAUUUGCGAUGGAAAAAUGCCUGUGGAAAGAAUGGGAUAUUAGCCCAGACAUUCAAGUCUCGUAUCACAAGUGAAGGUCUCAGGAGGGAGUAUCUCACUACAGCUUCACAGGUGCGGGAAGUAACCGAAAUUUUUGAUGCUGUCAGGAAGCGCGAAUGCAGCAUUUGUCUUUACGAUUUACACUUGUCUGCAGCUGGUUGUUCAUGUUCUGCAGAUAGGUACUCUUGUUUGAAUCAUGCUAAGCAACUCUGUUCUUGUGCUUGGGGUGACAAAUUCUUCGUCGUUCGGUACAAAAUGGGCAGCUUAAAUCUUCUUCUUGAAGCCUUGGAAGGAAAAUUAAGUGCAGUCUACAAAUGGGCCAAAGAGAAUCUUGGACUGGCUGUGCAUUCAUAUAAGAAUAGUUCAGUGCAAUCUCACCCUCCAGAUAGCCCACAGUCUUCGAAAAGCCAUCAAUCCGAAGAUGCAGAAACCCCAAAUGCUGUUAAUAACUCCAUUCUCAGGAUUAAGGCAGAGAUAAAGGCACGUCUUCUCCAAUCAAAAACCUUGAAGCAUAUGAAAGAAACUGAAAAUGUGAUAGAACCCAAAGAUGCUGUUAAAGACAAUGGCAUUCUCACAAAUUCCUAUUCUAGUACAGCUGAAAAAACUGCUUCCAAGCUACAGCCAAUGAGUUCGAAUGAGCUCGAAGGAAAGGAGGAUAGAUCAACUCCAGCAGUAGUUUUAAAUGAAAGAAAAGAUGGUUUAAUGUUUUCACUGAAUUUGGAGUCUUCUGAAAUCUUAUCUGAGAGCUCGACCUCGAGCUUCUCAGAAUCCGAUGAUUACUGAUCAGAUUCUGACUUUUAGAUGACUGAAAAAGGGCUUAUUUCAUUUCAGCUUCGAAUUUUUUAGAAGUCAAUACUUCCAAAGUAGAUAGCCGAGGAAGAUUGUAGAACUCCACUCGAGGGAAAUUGGCUGGUUCAGAGAAGUUGGUGUCAUAGGAUCUCUUAUCCUUCUGAAUGGCAAUGAGUUGAAGUCAGGGCAACAAUGAAGGUGCGUACUCGGCAUAGAUCGUAGAAGAGUUAAGAGACCAAAAGAAAAUACAAAUUUUUUGCUCGUCACAUUUUAGUCAAUGAGCAUUCAUUAGCUGCCCAAAAAAUGUAACAUUUCAUUUUUAAUUGCGAGCAUUUAAAAAGAAUCGUGAUUCCUAUGCUGAUGAAUGUUGCUGAGGAUUGAAAAAAGUGGAUAUUGUACUUGGAAAUGAUGUCAUAAUGGAAUUCUCAAGGCAUCUCUAUCGGCCAUUCAUUCGAAACUAUGCUA